AGACCCUUCGAGCACCAUUCCCGUGUAUAAAUACGUGCAAACAAACUCGAGAGGCCAGAGUCGCUGCACUCCACCAGGUGAUCACUUGUCAAGCUCUCACCUUCCCUUCAACUGUUCAGGAUGCGGUGUCUGUUGCUGGUCCUGUUGGUGGGCUGUGCCAGCGCCGCUAACGUCGAUAGACCUCGUCGACAACUUUUCGGCAAUGAUAUUAACUUGAAAUCUUCUCUCUCAUAUUUACCACCUAAACAAGAGUCCAACUGUCAGACCUCUGUUAUUUCCAAGACUUCGGUCGUGUACUCCACCCGAGUGGUUCCCUCCACCGUCUACUCCACCAGCGUCCAAUACAUCACCAGGACAGACUACAGGACCCAACAGGUGUACACCACUGCAUACUCAGAGGUCACUCGCACACAAGUCGUUCCCUCCAUCGUGUACCAGACAAGGACGGUGACCCGCACGGAGGACAGGGUACGCACCCAGGUCGUCACGCUCCCUCCUCAGGUCAACUACGUCACACGCACACAAGAGGUUGUCCGCACCCAAGUCCAGUACCAGACCAGGUACACCACCCGCAUCCAGCAGGUGCCCACCACCGUCACCAGGAACGUGGUGUCCACCCAGGUGGUUCCUCAGCAGGUUUACAGCACCGUCUACCAGACCCAGACAGUCACCAGGACACAGCAGCUCCCGGGACAGACCCGCACCGUCCAGAGCACCCAGUACAGCACUGUCUACUCCACCACGGUCAUCCCUGCCCCAGAUGUGGUGCGCUCCACCACCGUCUACAGGACCAACGUUGUCACCCAAACCGUCACCCAGCCGGGACAGACACAAGUCGUCACCAGCACCCAGGUGGUGCCUGUCACCACCACCAUCGUCUCUGAGGUGGUGAUCACUAACACACAGACCCGGUACGUCACCCGCACACAGGUGCAGCAGCAGACGACCACCGUCUACCGCACGCAGCAGGUGCCCCAGUACACCACCAGGACGGUGACGGUGCCCCAGCAGGUGGUUAGCACUCAAGUGUCUACACAGGUGGUGUCCACAACCAUCUAUUCUCAACAAACCAUCCAGACAACCCUUUACCGGGGGGCUCCGACCCGAUACGUGACAGUCACACGCACUGCCUACAGCACUCAAUAUCUUCCAGACAGGACCCGUACUCAAUACGUCACUAACACCGUUUACAACACAAACUACGUCACCUCCACCACCUACAGACCUGUGUACAACACUAUCACCGCCACCACCACCGUCCAGCCUGACUGUUCCACUGGCUACGACUACAAAGCUCCAGCAGAGACCUUCAACGCCCUGGGACGCUGAGUAAAGCAUCGAAGAGGACAACUGGAGGCAGCCUCUCCUGCCCCACCAGCAAAAACACUAAUUAUCGAGCGCUUGGCUGGGCAUCUUCAUACAGAAGACCAACACCCAAACUUCCUGUAUGGCCUUAGUUUCACAGAAAGUUGAAAAAAAGUACCCUAUAAGUUCGUCAUAUCUUAAAUGUAUUUAAUUAAAAAUGUACUAGAUUA